GUAGCGUCACCACCUACUACAAUACCCAGAAUACACCGUUGGCUACGUCAUACGCAAUCACGUCGCCGUUAUGGGCUCCUGGAUUUAAAAAAAGUGGGAUGGCAGCUCGUUGGGUUUUCUGAGUAGCUCGCUGAGACAGACAUGAACUGGGACACUCAGCUGAGCUCUAUCCUGUCAGUGGCAGAUGGCAGCGUAGCAAAGAUGAGGGAGAGACUGACGUCACCAGGGAAAUUCUCCAAAGCAGAAAAUUUGUUUCCUGUGAGGGAGUGGAUACGUGAUUCAGAUUUGGACCCUCCCGCUCCUCCCCCCCGAGCCCCACUUCCCCGACAGCCAUCCCCCUCUCUCAGUUCCGGUGUGCAAUGGGCAGAUGUUGCUGCUCUCCAGUCUCAACUGCAGAUGCAGAGCCAGGCGAUUGACUCUCUCACCAAGAAACUCCAUGACAUGGAAAAGGAGCGACAGUCACAACAACGUCACAUCCAGACACUACAAGAGGAGGUUCACAGCUUGCGUGAGGACCUGAGGGAGAGUGAAAGAGAGAGGGACAAACCACUGAGGGGACAAAGUCCAGGAGCAGAGAGAAUGAUGGAGCAGUGGAGGAGAGAGGUGGGACGUGAGCUGAGCAGUCUGCGGGGACACAUCACCAGAGCCACGUCGCUAGGCAACUUAGAGGAGAGUUUCAACUCAAAGAUUCGCCGAGAGGAGUUGGAACACUUGCGGAGGGAGGUGGACCAGCUGAAAACACGGUUAAGGCGACAGGAGGAGGAUGUGUUCCUCCAGCAGACAGAGGCCAGAGAGACCAGGAGACAGUACGAACGCAGCUGCAAGACACUGGAGGAGCUAACAGAGAGCUACAGAACUCACAGCACUGAUCUGGCAAAAACUGUCUCUCAGUAUUCACACACACAGCAAGAGGUCUGCCAGAUCAGAACGGUUGUGUCAGAGCUGAAAGACGAGGUCAGGAGUCUUACCCUUCGAGAACAUGAACCAACAACUGUACUGUCUGUGCACACAUCAGGGGCGUCACCCGUAUCUUUCCCCCACGGCCACAGUAGGGGAGUCAGAGUGGAAGAGCCAGACUCUGACUCUGAGGACUUCAGCCCGACCCCGAGCCUGGCUGAGGUCAGCUCAGAUGAUCUUUCAUGGCUGGAUGACAAAGACUCGGCUCUUCCUCAAAAGCCACAUGUACGUCUGAGCGUUCAGUCCAGACGGAGCGAUUUUGCUUGUCCAGGAUCUGAUCUGGAGGACGAUGAUAAUGAUGAAGGUGGUGAUGAAGAAGAUCUCCUUGAUUACAAUGUGGACCCAGAUUUAGCAUCUGACCUAAGUCUUAAUGACCUCUGACCUGUUCUAUAAUUUUUUUUAUUGAUUAAUUUGGUUUGAUCCGUGUGUUUUUAUGUGUGUGAGAGUUUCUGUUGCAAAACCCCAAACUAAAAAUAGAAACUGUAAUAGACAACCAGCCAUAUGGUUAAUUUCCUGUGUUGUCCCCAGGGAAGAGGAACACAAUAAAAGAAAGCCAAUAGCAGCAGACUUGGCAACAGUGGCGGAUACAUAGAACAACAUAUAAUUAUGUCGUCCUACUUAGUGUUGCUCUUUCAGACCUGCUUGAGUAUGAUGCUUGAUAAUCCGUUGAUAACAGUGGGGAAAGUACUUUUUUCAUGAGGGGAAUUUUCAAAAAUGUAUAAACAGUUAUUUGUGAGAAUAACAUUAAUGUUAGGGACUCAGGAAAAAUCGCAAUGGAUCAAACUUUCUUUUUAAACUUGAAAUCUUGAAACUGUUUCAUCCAAAGUGGCACCAAACGCAGCAUGCUGAAACAAAACACCAAAAGAUUUAUCAAAUGCUAACUCUUUCCCUCUUUUUUUAAAUUUAAAUAUUCAUCAUCAUGCUUUCCACCAGUCUAGUUAGCAGACGACCGUACAAACUGUCUCAAACUUCUCUUAUUAUAAAUUCCAGUAACUGUAUGAAGCUGCUUUCAGACAUGCACUGAAAUGGGGAGAUCCUCCGCAUUUUCUCCGGUAGGACAUUUUUGUGUGAACACAAAUGUCCGAGUGAGAGCCUCUGAACUUUCUGCGGACCUUCUACGCCUGGCUCCCUAGUAUAAAGUCAGCAGAAUCGAAUGUGAGAACACAGUAGGGGAUCGCUUGCUGGAUUUACCACCAGUGAGUGGGGGGGGAUGCGACAGAUGCAAAAAUGUAUAUCUCUGGGUGAAAAAGUGGUGUCACACUCCUAGGAAGACACAGACGAAGAUGUCAAGAGAGUUUGUGGUGAUAAGAGCUGAUGCCGAUGUCUUGUAACCAAAAUUACAUGAUCUCCCCAGCUAAAUUAAUAUGUUUCAACCUCCCUCUUUUUGCUGCACCAACUCCAAGGAGUUUUCAUAAUUGUGAAUGCGUCUAAGCAGCGAAUCUCCCACUGUGUUGCUUAAGAAAAUCCGGAUCCAAUUCUCCAGUGAUCCUCCGCAGGACAUGUCUGAAAACAGCUUUAGUGGUAGAGGGAAGUAGUCAAACAUUUCACUAAAGCAAAAACAAUUACAUAAAUAAAAAUGUAGUCGAAUAAAAGUAAACAUUAACUUUUCUUCUUGAGUAAAAGUAAGUAAAUACUUCCUUUUAAAUAUAUUUAAAGUAUUAAAAGUUAAGGUACUUGCCAAGUGUAAACUGUUCCUGAAUGCAUUGGCCUGUUCUGAAUCCAGUUUACAUGUUCCUUCCACCACAGAUGCUGCUGCUGCAGAGUCUAAUGUUGCCUGCCCGCUCUGAUUGGAGCAGUUCCCCUCUCAUUACUAAUUAUUUACAAAAUAUUUAGAAAACAAUGUGAACAUGUCACACAUUGAAUUGUAAAAAUGGGUUAGUAGAAAGUACAAAUAUUUAAUGAUAUUUGCUGUGAAGUAAAAGUGAGAAAGACCUGAAAAUAAAUCUACCAAAGUACAGAUACAUAAAAACGUACUUAAGUACAAUAAUAAUUAAGUAAAUAUACUUUGUUACAUCCCCCAAUUGAAUUGUGUCCACAUGUACUGACUGGUUGGAUGUAAGGAACAAACGACAGGCAGCUGUUUAAAGAACCAACAUCCUCUUGUGAGAGUUACAUUCAGAAAUCGUCUCCUUUCCCGAUGGUGGAUGGCAGUGCUUUGUGUCAGUGAAGAAGCAAACACCCUUUGCACCAUGUUGUGUGUUGCCGAUUAUAAAUUAUGGCUCCUACCAGAGUUAAGGGCAGAAGCAUGGUGAAUAGCAAGCUAAACCACAAGGUUUUGGUUUUAGGCAGGACGAGACUGAAAAUGGUUCUGCUUAGGUUUGUUAUGAUUACAGAUUGUUGGGUUAGGUAAAGGUUUGAUGUGGUUAAUGUUUGCGACUUUCAUGUGUAUCCAUAACUGCAGUAGGAUCCAUAAGGAAACCCGUCAUCGCUGUGCUUUUGAUUUGAGAAGUGACAGCUUACAGUAUGCCUGUACUGCCUUAAGUCCUUUAAAAACAACAAAUUUAACGUUAAUAUAAUGGCAUAUAGUUUGUGUUCAGUCGUAAUACAUGUGUUAAGACUCAGUACCUUUUAGCUUUAAAUGUGUGUUAAUCGUGUACUAUAUGCAGUGCAACACUGUUCAGUGUAGCAGAGUAAUGGAUAUUUAAUGAGUGUUUCUUCCUGACAUAAUGCACUCUUAAAUGCAGAAGGAAACUGACGACGAUUGUAAUUCCUGGUAAUGCAUCUGAAGUGAGAGCCAAGAGGAAACCAUUAACAUUACAAAGACAUACCCACACCACCUCCACUUUGAUGUCUUUACAUAUGCACAACUCAGUUAAGACUGUCAAGAGUCCCUUUAUGCUGUCUUGUCUGACAAGAGUCACACUGUCCCGGGCUUGCAGGCGGGUGUCAAGCUGUUAAAUAAUUCAGCAUCCAGACACCCCCCACCGGGAAGCCCAGACCACAGCGAAGAGCCACAGGCGAGCUGAUGGACAGGCUGGGCGUGCAACAGGGUGUGCAAGUGGACAUGUGACCAGAGACACUUUCCAGCUCAUCCAACCAGUCAGAUUAUCUCUCAUCUAGUCAAAAGUAAGCAACAAGAAAAACCUUGUAGAAAACAGUAACUAGCGCAGAGCAGUAAUUAAACAAACCUCUCCUAAACAGCUCUUCUUGUUAAAGAGACAUUUAAUGAAGAAAAGGCUGAUCUGUUUGUGAGUGACUGAUGAAUCUGACUGCACUUUAUUACAUUUGCCAAGUAUUGUGCAGUGGUGCUGCAGUACAGCAAUGCACCACCAAUAUGCCUUCAUUGUAAAUCUGUAAAAGAAAUGUUUUGUGUUUUGUCUCCAACAAUAAAAGUCUGUGUAAUUUAA